UUAUCAUAUAUUCAACAAAAUGUAACAAGUUUUAGAAUUGAUGAGGUUAUAAGGGGAUAGAUUUUCUGAUUGGUUGGUUGCGUGACUUUGCGGUUGGAAGGUAAUUACGUCGAUGAUCACUAAGGGUCAAAGGUCGGCUCCAGGUGCAACUAACAGCUGCUGGUCUCCAGGUCUUCCAGCCAUGCCUCCUAAGAAGAAAGGAAAAGGAAAGGGGAAGGGAAAAGGGAAGAAGGGGAAAAAGGGAAAGAAAGAAAAGGACCCUGAUGCGGCAGAGGAGAAAUUCAAAAGAGCCCAACAUGAGAUGAGACAGAAACUGCGGGGGGUGGAGGAGGAUCUGGAUGACCAACGAUUCGAUCAGAAAUCCAUCAGCUCAGAUUUGACCAGACAGUACAAAACCAUGCAGACUGAACUAGGCCUGCGUAUCCACACGCUGGAGACAGAAGUCACGCGGCUACGACAGCAGCUGGCCAACACCGAGGCCGAGCUGCAGGAGACAAAGGUCGAGAAGGAGAGAAUCACGCGGGAAAAGGAUAGGACCAUCGAGGAGCUGAGGAUGAAGAUCGACAGUAUGGAGAUUUCCUAUGAUGGGAUCGUGCAUGAUGCAUUGGAUAAUCUUCUUCACAAAAUGGAUGACGCCAAACAGAAAUGGGAGAAGCAGGCCACCCAGAUUCAACUCAGGCACAAGCACCUGCUGCUGGAGUUUGGGCUCAACCCCCUGGACAUAUAGCGCCUCCUAUCAGUUUGUAAUGGUAGUACAGUACAAGAAAGUCUUGGAGUCUAGCUUUUUCAGGUUUAUAAAGUACUCUUUGUUUAUGAUGGUAUAUUAGUUCAAUUUGUACUUGGUUUCUUGUGUAAAGCUAAAUAGACAACUUACUUGUAUGCCAUCAGAAAAAGAGAAGCACAUUAUAAGCAACAAGAAGCUAGAAGUCAAGUGUGUUCAUCAGAGAUUUCUGUGUAAAGCCUAAUGACAAAAGUCUAAAGUAGACAUAUACCGUAUGUGCAAACUAUGCAGUGUGACUUGAGAUUUAUUCUUAGAUAUUUUUGUGCAAGCUAUGAGUGUGAGCUGAGAUUUAAGUAUAAUAGUACUAUAGGUAAAAUACCGGUAAAACUAAUACGAGUAAGACAAUGACUUUCCCAUUUUUCAGAUUUAUUCUCUAUUUCACUGUACGAGUCAAGUAACCUGGGACCAGUUCUAACCAUCUGUUUAACUUUUUUCCUGCUGCAAAGUGAAAAAUUUAGUUAGAACCAGUUUGAGAUCAAUGAACAAACUUGAGCUACAUGUACAAUGUAUGCUUCCACUGGUUGUGACAAAGAUGACUAACAAUAUGUUUAGUAUUUAUAGGUUCUUUGUAUUGAAAAAAUGUUCCUACAUAUGUAUGUAUAUAUGUAGAGUAGUUCUUUUUGACAACAAUGGACCACUGCUUAACCCUAUCCAGACUUGGGGGAAGGGGGGAUAAAAGUGCCUGUGCCAACUUUGACGCUGUAUACUUCCAAACGGCUUGUGCUAGAACAACCAAACUUGUGACUUUUCAUAGAAUAUUGUUGGCAACAAUUUACAAAAAAAUGGAGUAAGUUUAUAAUUUUUCGUGUUGCCAUGGCAAUAGGUUUCUGAAAGGCAUAUUUUACAAAAAUCCCUGGGGAAUGCCAACAAAGCCCAGUCUGGAUAGGGUUAAUGUCUGUCAUGUCUGUGACCCUUUCGCGUGCAAGAAACAACAGCAAAACUUGAACUCACAACCUCUUGCAAUUGGUCCUGCAUACAUGUAUACCCAUGACCAAUUAUUCAGAAAUUUGAUGCAAAAAGGCUAACUCAGAAGGUUAGAAUUAGAUGGCUGCUAGUAUUUUCCUUGUCUUUUUUUAGCAAAAGUUUACUUUUCUGUCACUUAACAUUUCCUUCUAGUACAUUUGUCUUCCAUUUGACAUUUUCAGUAAGUUAUGGUUUUACUCAAUGUUGUUGUUGUCUUCCAUUUCUAAAGAACAAAGUUGUAAUUUCAGUGUUCAGAGACUCAGUCUGCUGUAUAUGUUGCAAAGAUGAUUUCAUAGCCUAUUGAUUAUACUUUUAUAAAUUUUAUAGCAUGAAUAAACUGUAUAGCUUGAAAGCCUA